GCAGCAAACAGUUGGCAAGAUGAGGUCGGCCCAGUGGUUUGUAUUGCUCUGUUGCUCUUUCUGGUUCUUUGCCGGCGAGUGCAGUUUGGCGGGCAAGGAUGUUUGGCUGCGUCCUGGAUGCCACAAAGUUGGCAACACGCGGAAGAUUUCUAUUCCUGAUUGUGUGGAGUUCAACAUAACGACCAAUGCCUGUCGGGGAUUUUGUGAAUCAUAUUCUGUACCCUCGAUCCCCUGGGCAGGGGCCUCGCUUACUGGACUGUUCAAGCCACCAAAGCCGGUAGUGAGUGUCGGUCAAUGUUGCAACAUGAUGAAAUCAGAGGAGAUACAACGACGCGUAUUGUGCUUUGAGGGAAUUCGAAAUGUCAUCUUUAAAAGUGCCGUAUCCUGUAGCUGUUACCAUUGCAAAAAGGACUAGAUGCGAUUUUUGGAAAAACCAUUGAGCUAAGUGUAUGCCUGAGCCACUUGAUUGAUUUUGUUUAGCAAUAUGUAUACAUAAACUAUCCUGUAAUUGUUAAUUCCU